AUGAGACCCAGCUAUGAUGAUGUCCAUCAUAUGAUGGUCAAAAGCUCAGCCCGUUUCUACACGAAACAAAGGAGGAGGUCUUGUGGGCUACGUCAACCUGAACGUCGUAUAAGAAUCAAACGACUACAGUGCAACGGGAUUCACCCAUCCUCUUCUGGUAAGAUCGACCUAAGAAUCUCUUCUUCAUGCACUUGCAUACGAAAUGAAGCCCCACCCAACUGGAAAGUUGAGUGGGCUGCUCAGUCUCUCAUUCACUCUAUCGUUGUUUUUACUCAACUUUCUACCUCCUUCCUCACCCUCAAUGUAUUACCUGGUAUGUCACUUUCAAUAUACUCAUCUUGCGUUUAUUAG